AGACCAACUUCCGGAGAGGUCGUUACAGUUGAUUGCACGUUGCAUCCUAAAACGUGUGUACAUAUAAAAUCUUAUUAUGGCUCGGACAGAAGAUCAGAGAUUCACUGUCAGUGAGAGCAUGACCAUAGGAUUUAUAGGGGCUGGCCGAAUGGCUCAGGCCAUGAGUCGUGGCUUUAUAUCAAAAGGUAUCCUAAAACCCCACAAAAUAAUGGCCAGUGAUGCAGUUCCCCAAAUGCUAGAUUGUAUCAGGGAACAAGGAGUAAGAACCUCGAGAAGUAACCUGGAGAUAGUAGAAAACAGUGACCUGGUCAUCAUAGCGGUCAAACCUCACAUUGUGUCCACCGUACUACAGGAAGUGUCCUGUAAAGUCACGCGAGAAAAACUCUUCCUCUCCAUAGCAGCAGGGGUCACACUAGAUACAUUAGAAAGGAACCUUCCAUCUCAGACCAGGGUGGUAAGAGCCAUGCCUAACACUCCUGCCCUGGUCCAGAGUGGGGCCACAGUUAUCGCCCCGGGGUCCUCUGUCCUCCCGGGGGACAAGGAACUUAUUCAGGGACUGUUCAGAACCAUUGGAAUCUGUGAGGCUGGAUCUGAGAGUCAGCUGGAUGCAGUCACAGGGCUUAGUGGUAGUGGGCCCGCCUAUGGAUUUUUAGCAAUCGAAUCUCUAGCUGAUGGUGGAGUCAAAAUGGGACUUCCACGAGACCUAGCACAAAAAUUGGCAGCUCAAACAUUACUGGGUGCAGCUAAAAUGGUAUUGGAAUCAGGGAAGCAUCCAGGACAACUGAAAGACGAGGUCUGUUCACCAAGGGGGACCACUAUAGCUGCGAUACACAGACUGGAGGAAAUGGGUUUCCGCUCAGCGUUAAUUAGUGCCGUGGAAACCGCCACAAACAAAGCUAAAGAAAUGGGGGCUCUAGAAAGCCAGAAACAGCAAGAGACUGUGUUAUUAAGAGAAUCAUCAACUGAACAAACGAGCAAUGUUCAACAGGCUAGAUCAUCUCAGUAAUAUAGUGUGUGUGAUCUCAAUGUAUAGUUCUUACCAGACUGCUUCAUGCCUUGACACAAGUCUGGGAGAAUACUGUUUAUAUGUAGGCAAGAUAACUAAGAAGCUAGUGUGAUAAUGGUCCAGCAAAGGAAUUAAUUUGAACAUGUCACCAUGGGAAAAAUUAUUGAUAACACAAAGAUUGAUAGGUGAUGUCUAUAUGCCAUAUUGCAUAAUAGUACAUUAUUAUUGAAUGCUUGAUUAAUGCACCUGCAGAAAAAGGAAAUAUGAUGACUCUUUUUUACUUUGGGUAUUUUUAUGAAUUAAAAAGUAAAUUGAGAUUUGUUCAAGAAUGAUGUUUAUAUACACUGUAUAAUAAAAUAUUGCCAUGAUUAGUGACAAUUUGAAACACCUCUAGGUUACUUCGUUUGUUUUUCAUGCUUGCCAAUUAUAGAUUCCUGGACCUUCCAAGGUACAAAUAUAAAAUCCUUGGAAAGAUGUCUUCAAUUUGUUAUUAACUGAUCAUCAUUUCCAUCAAGUGUUCAUCAACUGACAAUUUUUAAAAGAGAACAAAAUAUUGUAAUGUAUGGUUGUGACUUUUUUCCAGAUUAAUUUUGCUUUCAAAACAUCUAAUAAGUUGCCAUAUGUAUAUGUACAAUGUACCUGCUUUUAGUACUUAAUUUAUGAUGUGGAAACAUCUUUGUACAAAUGAAAUACGAUUAAAGUAAGUUUUCUUAUUGCAUUAU